CGGCGCAGAGGCAGCACUCAACUCCGGACAUCGGGACAGAGCGAAUCGGAGCAGAGCGAGAGAGCGAACUACUUCUUCAGCUUCUUGGAUUUAUUCCGGAUUUAAUAAAUAAAUCAAUUCUUCUGGAUUUAAUUAAUAACGCCAUGUUUUCCACCAUCGGAACCGACUUGACGUACAGCAGCAUGUCUUCUCCGCUGAACACGGCACAGGAUUUCACGGACCUCGCCGUGUCAGGAGCAUCCUUCGUGCCCACCGUCACGGCCAUCUCCUCCAGCCCAGACCUGCAGUGGAUGGUCCAGUCGGUGGUCUCGUCCGUGGCUCCAUCCGAGAGCAGGGUUCACCCUUAUUCCUCUGACACGACCUUCUCCAGAUCCAAAAUGGUGAAGACUGUGAGUGGAAACAAGGCUCCAGUCACCACCGCCCGCAGGGGCAAAUUCGAACAGUUCGCUCCAGAGGAGGAGGAAAAGAAGCGACUUCGUCGUGAACGAAACAAGAUGGCUGCCGCUAAAUGCCGCAACAGGAGACGCGAGCUGACCGACACCCUGCAAGCCGAAACCGACAAGCUGGAGGACGAGAAAUCGGUUCUGCAGAACGACAUCGCUAAUCUCCUGAAGGAGAAGGAACGUCUGGAGUUCAUCCUGGCCGCACACCGGCCCAUCUGUAAGAUCCCGUCUCAGAUGGACUCGUCCUUCACCGAAAAACCCUGUGUGUCUCCGGCUUCGACUGAAAGCAGCACGGUGACGUCCGGACCUUCCACGCUGACCACCUCCACCACCGCCACAUCCGUAAAGCUCUCCGACCUCGAGUCCACUCUGGAGGCUUCGUUUGAUCUUUUCAACAAAUCCGAAAUGGACACGGCACGCUCGGUGCCAGACAUCGACCUGUCCAACUCUCUGUAUGCCGCUCAGGACUGGGAGCCGCUUUACACGUCGGCUAACCUGGACCUGGAGCCUCUGUGCACACCUGUGGUCACCUGCACGCCCACCUGCACGUCCUACACGUCUUCCUUCGUCUUCUCCUACCCAGAAAGCGACGCCUUCUCCGGGUGCGGUCAGCUGCGCCGUCACGAAAGCAGCGGCAACGAGCAGUCGUCCGAUUCGCUCAACUCGCCCACUCUGCUCACGUUAUGAGGGCGCCAAUAUUUAUUCACCUCCAUCUUUCUCAUAGCAACACUGACCUUCAAGACUUUGACAAUUGCAGGGCUACAGACCUCACUAAGCAAUCAUUUAUUAUUAUUAUUGUGGUUGUGAUUUUAUUUUUUAUAUGUAUUCAUGCAUAUGAAUGAGCCUCUUAAACAUGUAGCAUGUUUGUGUGUGUGUGUUUCAUUAUGCAGAUAUUGUGUAGGAAAUAUAAAUAAAUAAAUAGUUUACGGUGCUCGAUAAACUGUACCAUGGCCUCAGCAAUAUUCUUCAUGUGCAUUUUCUUUAUCUAGCCGUUGUGCUAACUCUGCUAACAUUUACAUGAAGUUUUCUGUGAAAACAUAGUUCCUGAAAUAUAUUACAGAUUGUUGUUUUUUUUUUUAAAUGUUAUUUUUAUACUGGAAUGUGAAGUAAAAGUAAUAAAUAUUCAUUGUGAAACA